AUGGCAAUUUUCGUCAUUCGUCUCCUCCACCUGCUGGUCCUUUCACCCGACGUCGCCGGACGCAGACUCGCCCGCCUAACCAUGGAGGGCCUCGACAAGGCGAGCCACGUCAGGUACUGGCAGCGCUGCCACGGCAACUUCCUCCCCGCGGCCUACACGGCCAACGACUCAUCCCGGCUUACCUUUGCCUUCUUCAUCGUCUCGGCCCUCGACCUGCUCUCCUCCGGCCUCGCCGCCGAGGACCGAUCCUCCGUCAGGACUUGGGUCCUGAGCCUGCAGCAUCCCGACGGCGGCUUCUGCGGCGGUCCCUCGCACGCGCUCGCGGCCGAGGACGCUCCGAGGGGAUCCGCAAACCUCGCCGCCACCUUCUUCGCCCUCCUGCUGCUCGCCAUGGCCGCCGAGGGCGAGGACGAGGCGAGGGCGGCCUUUGCCGGUGUCGAGAGGGGCAAGCUGCUGCGUUGGCUCGCACGCCUGCAGCGCGACGACGGCAGCUUCGGUCAGGUCCUCUGGGCCGGCGAGCCCCUCGGCGGCAGGGACACGCGCCACAGCUACCUCGCCAGCUGCAUACGCUGGAUGCUGAGAGGAGACGCGGGGCCGCACGACGUCGACGUCGACGCCAUGGUUGACCACAUUCGCCGGGGACAGACGUACGACGGUGGCCUCGCCGAGGCCUCGGAGCAUGAAUCCCAUGCCGGCUAUGCCUAUUGUGCCGUGGCGGCGUUGCACAUGCUCGACCGCCCUUCCUCUGGCUCUCGGCAUCGCUCGCACCUUGGGCCGCAAUCCGAUGCCAUGGGCCGAGGAGUGUCGGACCGCCGCCGCCUCGUCCACUUCCUCGUCCACCGGCAGUUUGAGUAUCUCGCCCCGCAGGAGGAGCACGACGACGACGGCGGCGGCGAAAACUACAUCGAGUCUGCGCUGGGCCGCCUGGACAUGACCCAAGGACGCCACUACGUCGGCUACAACGGCCGCUGGAACAAAAAGGCCGAUACCUGCUACUGCUGGUGGGUAGCCGCGACCCUCGCCAUGCUCGGCAGUCUCAGCCUCGUCAGCAUCCCAUCCUCGCGCAGGUACAUCCUUGACAUCACGCAGAACCGCAUCGGCGGCUUCUCCAAGUCUGUCGGUGGACCGCCCGACAUUUACCACUCGUACCUCGGCCUCGCCGCCCUCGCUCUCAUGGGCGACUCGGAGUUGAAAGAAUUUGACGUUGGCCUGUGCUGCAGCAAGGAGACGACGCGCAAGGUUGAGCUUGCGAGAGAUGGCUUGAUGGCUUCGUCAAGGGAGGGACGAGACGUCGUGAACGGUGAUGAUGGCUUUUGGGAGACAAUGAGAGCGACCUCGCAGGCCAGCUAG